CUAGCUUCUGAGAAAGUCCUACCCCCUGAUCCCCGCCAAACAUUUUUAUCAUUCCGUUUCGGAGUCCCCCCGCGAUAAGCCUUGUUUACUCGUUUUAGAUUUAAGUUUACGCGUCCCAAGCCCCGCCGGUGUGUCGCCCAAAUAAUGCAAGGCACAGAAUAGAGCAACGGCAAAGGCAACAAGAAGUACAAACGCAUCAGCAAGAAAAGAAACAGAGACAUGGGCCGCAGCCGAAGUCCCGCCUCGCCGGCGCUGAGAAGGCGUGAGAAGGAGCGCUCCGAACGCAAGAAACGCCGGGAACGCCGCUCCAGGGAACGUGAAGCCAUCGGAGCUGGCGGCGGUGGCAGCAGUCGCCGUGAAAGGGAGCGAGAGCGGGACAGAAGUCGCAGCCGGGAGCGGGAGCGUGAACGGGACCGGGACCGAGCGAGGGGACGGCGAUCUAGAUCGCGCUCGAGGGGAGCCGGAGGUGGCGGUGGCGGCGGAAGUAGCAGCGGACCAUCGACGUCUCGGCGAACGACGAGGAACAAUGCAGCAGCUGCCGACCGGCCCAAGAUCAACGAGGCCGAUUUGGAGGGCAAGUCGCCGGAAGAGGUUGAGAUGCUGAAGACAAUGGGAUUCUGCACGUUCGACACCACCAAAAACAGGAAGGUCGAGGGCAACGAUGUCGGAGAAGUGCAUGUAAUCUUAAAGCGAAAAUACCGUCAGUAUAUGAAUCGCAAGGGUGGCUUCAACCGGCCGCUCGACUUCGUGGCCUAGCUAGGCGAAUCCCCUGGCGAAUCCUCCAUUUACCCAUUCUGCCCAACUAGUUUGCUACGCUUUUUUACUUGUCCGUAUAUACGCCGCCUGGCGACGGACGAAGACCUGCAAUUUUAUGCAAUAGACCGGUUUACGAAAUUCAGCCAGUUUUUGGCCCAAUCAAAAUUUCCAUUUCACCAAGCAACCUUUGCAAGACAGCCAGCCCAUUAGUUAACUGUCUGCGAAACACUCAUACCUCAAUUAGUUAUUUAGUAGUUUAAGCCUGAAGUGCGCUUUUGUUAUAAAAUUAGCUGGUAGCCCUGGUUAAUUUUACAACAAAUAUUCUGUGACCAAAAGCAAGUCCAACCCCCAUGUGAUUAUGGUUGGAGAUGUAUGCUUUUAGAUGCAGUUAACACGACGCACGACGAUUGCUUUUUGAAUAUUUCAAAGUAAUUAACAAUUGUUUUUGUUGACAUCUCGCCAUUUUGUACGAAUACGAAUACGAAUUAACUGAAGCCAGCCUGAGACCGAAAUUCACAACAGCAAAAUUUCCAAAUGAACACACACAGACAAUUACUUAAAGUAUUUGAAAACACACACCACAAAACCCGAUUCGAACCUAAACCACUCCACAUCCUUGUCCUUAAUCCUAUUCCUCCUAAUCCUAUACUCCAACAUACUUCCUCCAUACGCUGCAAUAGUACAAGUUUUACAACCAAACCAAAAUAUAUAUCAAAUAUAUAUUUUAUAUAUAAAGAAAUUAUAAUAUACACACACACACCACAAGUACCUUAUCCCCCAAAAAACCCCCGCAAAUGAACCUCACAAUAGCCAUAGCAAUUUGUUGAAAGAAAUAUUAUUUGUUUAACAAUCAAAAUGUUGUAAUUAAAGCAGUUAAUUUCGAUUUAAAUCACAAGUGCCAACAGAUCAGGCAAAGCAACGCUGAAGAUGGAUCCACGUUUUAUAUAAAGAAUAUAUAUGAAUAAUCUUUUGUAAUCCUUUUUAUAUGAAUAUACACAGGUAUAAUGCAACCAGCAGACUAUUUUAAGCAAUAGUUACUACCCUUUUUUGAUUUCGGAAACAAUAUUAAAAUAACAUUUUAAAUACUUUUGGCAAUACCCACUUACACACACACUCUUAACAUUUUGUAGAUUUACGAAAUUGCAGGGAUUUUUUUCUUAUUUCAUAAACUCCUACAAUGUACUAAUAAAUUUGUAAAACUA